AUGCUUCAUGAAAUCAAUGCUAGGUAUAUCAGAUUCUUGAAGAUAGAAGAUUCCAUUUUAAAGCAAAAAACACAACUGCAGUGGUUCAAAGAGGGGGAUUGCAAUACCAAAUACUUCCACUCCCUGGUAAGGGGAAGAAAAAAAAGGUUAUUUAUUCACAAAAUUACCAGGGAGGAUGAGGUAUGGAUACAAGGAGAUGAUGUUAUUGCUGAAGCUGCCUGUGACCAUUUCCAGAAAAUCUUUACAGGAGAUAACAAACUCAUCAAUGAGGGUGCCCUGGACUGUAUACCUCUGAUGGUCAAUCAGGAAAAAAAUGAUAGUCUUACUGCCCUGCCUAAUCUGGAAGAGUUGAAGGAAGUAGUAUUCUCCAUGAACCCUAACUCUGCAGCUGGUCCAGAUGGGAUGAAUGGAUACUUUUUUCAGAAGUGUUGGCACAUGAUCAAGCAUGAUCUCCUUGGUGUCACUCAAGCAUUCUUUUGUGGUCAAAUGAUUCCCAAAUAUUUCUUUCAUUCUUGCAUUGUUCUCCUCCCUAAGGUGAAAAAUCCUAACAAACUUUCGGAAUUCAGGCCCAUCAGUCUAAGCAACUUCACUAGUAAGAUUAUAUCUAAGCUAGUAAGUUCUAGACUAGGUCCUAUUCUACCUAGUUUGGUUUCUCUUAAUCAGUCGGGGUUCAUCAAAGGGAGAAGUAUUUCAGAAAACAUUAUGCUGGCCCAAGAGAUUAUUCAUCAAAUUAAGAAACCUAAUAUUGGAAGCAAUGUUAUUAUUAAAUUGGAUAUGGCUAAAGCGUAUGAUAGGGUUUCUUGGUCUUAUAUAUGUUUGGUGCUAAGAAGGAUGGGAUUUGAUGAAGUUCUUAUUGAUAUGAUUUGGAGAAUCAUGGCUAACAAUUGUUUUGCGGAUGACAUUAUCCUCUUCACUUCUGGAAGACAGAAAACACUGAAGCUUAUCAUGCAGACUCUCCAGUCCUAUGAGCAGUCCUCAGGCCAAUUAGUUAACACUGAUAAAAGCCAUUUCAUGGUUCACUCGUGUGCAUUCAACAGCACAAAGGACAGAAUCAAGAGAAUCACUGGUUUCAGGAUCACAGGUUGGCAGACUAAGCUUUUAAGGUAUGGUGGUAGAGCAAUCCUUGUCAAGCAUGUGUUGCACUUUUUACCUAUUCACCUAUUAGCCUCAGUAACACCUCCAGUCACUGUCCUCAGGCAGAUCCAAAGCAUCACGGCUGACUUCUUCUGGGGAUGGAGGACUGAGAGGAAAAAAUAUCGUUGGUCGUCAUGGAAAAAAUUAAGCUUUCCUUACGAUGAAGGGGGUGUUGGUAUGAGGAACCUCAAAGAUGUGUGUUUAGCCUUCCAAUACAAACAAUGGUGGAUCUUUAGAUCCAAACAAACUCUUUGGGGAUAUUUUUUGAAGGCUAAAUAUUGCCAAAGGUCUAACCCAAUUAGCAAGAAAUGGGAUACAGGGGAGUCACUGACAUGGAAGCAUCUUAUGCACAACAAACUCCAAGUCGAAAAACACAUUCAAUGGAAACUCAACUCUGGUAAUUGCUCCUUUUGGUGGGAUAAUUGGCUGUGCAUUGGACCUAUUGCUCAUUACUCUACCGAUAGCAACAGAUUCAACAACACCACAGUGGCAGAUUUUCGGCUGGAAGGACAGUGGAACUGGAGCAAACUUCUACAACAAGCACCUAACAGUCAGCUGGCCAGCAUCCUCUCCACAGAAUUCUCCACCCAGCAGGACCUCCCGGACUUAGCAAUAUGGAAACCACGCAUGAAUGGGAACUUCAGCUGUUCAUCUGCAUGGAACGAGAUCAGAGAAAUGAGGACCAAGACCAAAUUCAACUCAUUCAUUUGGUCUGGUCUCGACACGAUAGAGCACAUAUUCAACACAGGACAAUUCGCGACAUACGUGUGGAGAAGCUUUGCAGAUGCUCCUCCAGCUCGUUGGGUCAAAAUCAACACGGACGGCAGUGCAUUAAGCAAUCCGGGUAGAAUUGGAGCAGGUGGCAUCCUAAGGGAUCAAAUGGGAGCAAUGCUAUUAGCUUUUGCUACUCCUUUGGGGGAAGGCACUAACAACCAAGCUGAAAUAGGAGCAGCCAUUUUUGGCAUGACAUGGGUACUUCAACUGGGCUACAAGAAUGUUGUUUUGGAAGUGGAUUCGCAGCUGCUAGUGGACUGGAUCACGCAGAAAGCCAAACCUCCAUGGAGCAUCAGCAUACAACUACAACAGCUUCAGGAGCUCAUCAGACAAACACACAACUUUCGAUGCAAACACAACUUCAGAGAGGCUAACUUUGUGGCCAACUCCUUAUCAAAGCAAAGUCACAAGCUUACUAGUCCCCAAAUAUAUUGCAGCAACCAACAACUACCAAAAGAAGCAAGAGCCUAUUAUCAACUGGAAAUGAUCGAAAUGGCAAGUUUCAGAAGAAGGAAAAUCAAGAGGAUCAAAGAACCACCUUGA